AUGCCUCGCUCCAAUCCUGCUCGAUCGUCCACGGCAGCACGGGCACCUGGUAUUGCGGCGCCACCGCAACCCAAUCGCCGCCGCCCGCCGGCCCAUGUACUUCGUACCGAGUCCUCGUCGAAUGAGUUACUCGCCGUGGAGGUACUUGCGAGUGGAUUCCAGCUUGCUCCAGGAGAUUUCGCGGCCCCGGAUGAAGAUCCCAACAUCAAGGACACGCGGCGCAGGCGUUCAGCGCGCAAGGGUAUGGCCGUCACCUCUAUAUUCUCUCCUGCUGCCCAUGAUCCAGCAGCUCCUUCCCUUGAUGAUUGUGAUGAUCCUGCGGCCGCAUUCACAUUGCCCCCGGUAGCUUCAGCAGGGUCGUUGGCGCCAAGAACAAAGCGACGUCGUCUAGCACCGCCAUCACCAGCGAUGGUGGGUGGUCAAGAUCAUCAUCCGAUGAUCGCCGAGAAAAAGAAAGCCACCUCCAUGGUCACUCGGGCCGCAACUUCUACGAUCAAGACUUCGUCUUGCAGCUCGAGCUCAAAGAUCAAAAGGGGUACGAGUAAAGGCAAGCAAAUAUACGUUGGUUCAUGCAGCAAUGAGGAAGCCGGAGCCAGGAUUUAUGACCGAGCUUACAUCAAGUUCCGUGGCCAAAACUGCCCAAACUUUCCCUACUCGGAUUACGUGCACGAGAUCCCCCAGUGGAUCAAUCUGCCCGACAAGGAAUUCAUCACCAUGCUACGUCAAAUGAGUCGCGGCAAGUCGUUGAUCUGGUUUACACCCGACCUUCUUGGAGGUGACGCUGGCUUUCCACGCACGAGGGAGACUCGGCCUCGAGCAUCAAACUAUCGCGGAGUAUAUCGUCUCAAAAAGUCAAAAUGUCAAGAAUGGGCGGCCUCCAUAACGCUGGACUCGCGAUUCGACUGGACCUACGACCAAGCAGUUAUUAGAUUCUUCGGCAAGGCUAAAGCACUCAACUUCACAUAUGAAGACUACACUGAUGAGAUGCCACAGAUAAAAGAAAGCUCAAAGUACAUACAGCUUAAAGAGCUGAGGAGAAGAGGAAUGAUGUGGUAA